AUGGGACCGCGGGGGACUGCUCAGCCGGGGGACAAGAGCCUCCCGCGCCCCCCGGGACCGGGUGCUGGGAGCGAGGCUUUUCCCUCCUGGCCAUGGGCUGAUGCGCCUCUGGCUUCUCCCUGCCCAGGGAGCGGCUUGCUCCAGAAGAAGACGCUGGUCCCAGGCCAGGGGGUGGACACCCGUCCCCGCAGGGGCCAGGACGUGACCAUCCGCUUGAAGGCCACGCUGGAGGAUGGCAGUGUGGUGGAGGAGAACCCUGCCCUCACCUUCACGCUGGGGGACUGCGACGUCUUGCAGGCUCUGGACUUGUGUGUGCAGCUCCUAGAAAUGGGGGAGACGGCUUUGAUUGUGUCAGAUGCAAAGUACUGCUACGGCGCGCAGGGGAGGAGCCCUGAUGUCCCACCCAACGCGGCCCUCACCCUGGAGGUGGAGCUGCUGGCGGCUCGGGAUGCACCAGACCUGGAGCUGCUCAGCGGGAAGGAGAAGAUAGAGCUGGCCAACCGCAAGCGGGAGCGCGGCAACUUCUUCUACCAGCAGGCAGAUUACGUGCUGGCCAUCAACUCCUAUGACAUCGCCCUCAAGGUCAUCGGCUCUAGCUCGAAAGUUGACUUCAGCCCGGACGAGGAGGCUGAGCUGCUGGACGUGAAGGUGAAAUGCCUCAACAACUUGGCAGCCUCUCAGCUUAAAUUGGACCAUUACGAGGCAGCCCUCAAGUCUUGUAACCUCGUCCUGGAGCAUCAGCCGGGGAACAUCAAGGCUCUUUUCCGAAAGGGCAAGGUCCUGGCUCAGCAGGGCGAAUACAGAGAGGCCAUCCCUAUCCUAAAGGCGGCGUUGAAGCUGGAGCCUUCAAACAAGACCAUCCACGCUGAGCUUUCCAAGCUGGUGAAGAAGCACGCGGACCAGAAGAACGUGGAGACGGAGAUGUACAGAAAGAUGCUCGGGAAUCCCAGUGCCGCUGGUGCCCCAGGGAAGUGUAAAGACAAGCUGCCCUGGAGAUUGAGGACUAUGGACGUGACCGUGUUCACAUUCAGUGAACGGGAGGACUGGUCCGUGUUGGGUGAGUCUGAGAGUUUCUCUGUGAUGCUCAGAGAAGUUGAUAAUGACAUGGACCUGGAUUACAGUAACCUUGCUGUGACCAGAGGGUAG